CCCACAUCAGCAGCCUCAGCCUCUUCCAGAAGUUUCCUUACAGGGUUUUCAGCUCGACGGCAGCCCGCGUGUGAACGUGGUGUUUGAUUUUGCGUGAUUUGAGUCAAGUUAUAUUAUUUUCCAACGUCUGCUAAAAAUUAAAAGGUCAUCAACCGUCGGUGACAAGUGACUGAAGCUUAUCUUUGACAGUUAGCAAGCUAGCUUUAUUCCGCAGCGGUGACAGCAGCUGCUGCUGCGGUAGAGGAACCCGGGAACCUGGUCCACAUAGUGGGUAAGCUGGAUGUGUGCUUAACCUGACUGGCACUGAAAAAUUUUGAAGCGUCUGCAUUUAAAAUGUUUUUAUGAAGUUGGAGAGGGACUGACCGGUCGUUGUAAUGGGUAAAGAUUACUAUAAAGUGCUCGGAAUAGCCAAAGGAGCCACCGAAGAAGAGAUAAAGAAGGCGUACCGAAAACAGGCCCUGCGUUAUCAUCCUGACAAAAACAAGUCUCCUGGAGCAGAGGAUAAAUUCAAGGAGAUUGCUGAAGCCUAUGAUGUCCUGAGUGAUACCAAGAAGAGGGACAUUUAUGAUCGUUUUGGAGAAGAAGGUUUGAAGGGUUCUCCUGGUGGUGGAGGCGGAGGACCAAGUGGUCCAAGCUACAACUACACCUUCCAUGGCGACCCUCAUGCAAUGUUUGCCGAGUUCUUUGGUGGCCGCAGCCCUUUCGAUCAUUUCUUCUCACAAAACGGAGACGAUGACAUGGACAUUAACGACCCAUUUGCACCAUUUGGCAUGGGAAGAAUGGGCGGCAUGGGUGGCUUCCACAGGUCCUUUAAAUCCCACCCAGGAGGCCCUCACGGAGCACGUGAGAGAAAGAAGGACCCGCCUGUAGUGCAUGAGCUCAAGGUGAGCCUCGAGGAGGUCUUCUCAGGUUGCACGAAAAAGAUGAAGAUUUCCCGCAAGAGACUAAACCCGGACGGCUGCACCAUGCGUAACGAAGACAAGAUUUUAACGGUUGACAUCAAGCGUGGCUGGAAGGAGGGAACGAAAAUCACUUUUCCCAAGGAGGGUGAUGAAACUCCAACCAACAUUCCUGCAGAUGUGGUAUUUGUCGUAAAGGAUAAACCCCACCCAGUGUUCAGAAGAGAGGGCUCAGAUAUUAUUUACCCGGCAAAAAUUUCACUCAGAGAUGCAUUGUGUGGCUGCACAGUCAACGCCCCGACACUGGAUGGCCGGACCAUCACUGUGACCUCCAGAGACGUUGUUAAACCUGGAACCAAAAAGCGUAUCGCUGGAGAAGGGCUCCCUCUGUCCAAGUGCCCUGAGCGGAGAGGAGACAUGAUUUUGGACUUCACAGUAAAAUUUCCCGACAAACUGGGCCAAAACACACGAGAAGCACUCAAGCAGAUCCUUCCACCCUGACUUGAAGUUCUGAAAGCUUGCUCUGAAGAAAUAUAACAUCUUCAGUCAUGCUAUCCUGUGCAUUCAAGCCUGUGCAGUUCAGGCUCAGGAGGGAUUUGGUUCCAGCUGCCUGAACACCAAAUCUGUUUUACUUUCCAGUAUCUCGUCAGUUUAAUAACUGUUUUACAGAAGAGCUGACAUUAUGUUGGUGUGUGGUUUCAGUUGAGUAACAGUAACACAAUAGCAGACUGAUUCAGGAAAAGUACAUAGCAAUUAUAUUGGAUGUAUAUAGAUAAUCAUACAAGACAACAAGUGAUAGGUUUGGCACCAAGCAGGAGCUAAUUCUUAGACAGCAGUGUUUUUUAAGUUUCUCAAAUAGCAAAACUCAAUCUAGCAACCGAGUUUAGUGAGUGCUUUAAGGUAGGAUGCAGACAUCUUAUUAUCAAUACCUCAGGUGCAGUGGUGCAGACUUUGAUGUAGCUUUAACUAGGCUACACAAAAGGACAUGAUGUUUGUUGUUUAACAUUGGAGUUAACUAUACUGGGGAGUUGAAUUUGGUCUGAUCCAUGCUUUCAGGUUUAUGAUGUUGACUGAUGUAGGUCACUGUGAUUUAGCCUCUAAAAUCACAUAUCUUCAAAAGAUGCACAACCUGAAAGCAAGGGAGAAGAUUUUGUAUUGGAAUCAUUCCUGUAUUUUUCUGUGUUUAAUCAGUUUGAAGUAGUACUGACCAAUCAUAUCAGAGCUGGCUUGGUUUGCAGGUAGGAAAGAAGUAAUCAAAGGUCCUCAGAGAUGAAAACACCGGCAAAAAUGAAAUCAGAAUAAGAUUCCCUUUUUCUGUCUAUAAACACUUAUUUGAGUCAAUGAGGUGUAAGGAUUUUCAACUGGUCAGUUUUAAAAUCACAAAAUAACAUCUUGUUCACAUAUUAAGCAGAGUGCCAGGAUGCAGCUGAAACAGGACACCACUGGUGUUUGCACCCCUAGGAUCAACAUUAUAUAUCUAUUCUUUUAUAUAUAUCUAACAUUGCAGUAGUUACACGACUUGAUAAUUGAAGUUUAGUCAAAAUGUACAGGCACAGAAUUGGAUAACUAAGGAGAUCUAGCUAAUUUCCCAUUGUCGUUUUUUAGGUUAGAAAAAUGGCCGAUAACUGCUUUUACAAAGUUAAAGUGAGUCCGUAUAUAAGAGAGGUACCAAAGCAUACUGAAUGUUUUUAUGUUUUAACCUCUUUUCUUUUUCUUACUGAAAAAAAAUUUGUCCGAUUGAUAAUUCUUUCAUCCAGUCAUUGACCCAAUCUCUCCAUGAAUGCUGAUGAUAGUCUUGUUAAGAAAGUCCACUCUUAGGACUUUGACUAAUGUCGUUUCCUUGAAGCUGCCGGUCUGAUAUUUAACAGGAACAAGCACCAUAAAAGAAGCUGUGUGGAUCCAUCAAACUGAAGCUGCUGGCUCUAAAGAUCUGGCUACACUUAUCGAUAUUAAUGCAUUUUAUUUGUCUCACUCACUCCAGCGAUCAAAACUUUAUCCACUCAGUCACCACUGGCUGCCCGUUAAAAGAGCCCACCAACCUCUGAAACAGUAAAGUAAAUAUGCACAAGACUAAAAACAAUGCCUCAAGUUUUCACUGAAAUAUUACAAAUGUGCAUGCUGCAAGAAGGAUUAUAAACAUUGUAAAUGUAGGAACUAGCUCAGCUCUGUUAAUGUGAGUUUAGGGAUGAGAAUUGUUUGAGGAUGGAGAAUAAUUGUGUAUAAGAUGGCACGUCUAAAAUGUUUACGUCUACUUUGUCUUCUUGAACUGGGAUUAUAGAGCCUAACACUUGUGAGAAAUGUCUUCAAGAAUUGUGCCAAAUGGUUGUCAUUUAUUAUAUGUGUGCGUGUGUCCACAAGUAUGUCAAAAGCAUGUAUUUUUGUUGUUUUUUUGUCAUGUGUGACUGAAAAACUAAACAGAAAUGUGCUCUUGUAGGAUAAGCAUAGUGUAAUUUUUGUGUUCCUGUCUGUCUUCUUAUUUAUCUACAGCCAGUGAGUUCAUUCUCUUUUAACUGACAUGAUUUCAACCUAGAGAAUCAGUCUGGCUGUGAUGUUAACAGAAGUUUUAGGCCCCAGUGUAAAUUUUUUUUUAAGUUCAAUAUUUCAUAUCUUAUACCUCGCAGCUUUUGGUCCAAGAUGUACAGUACCUGUAAAUAUGUACUUUCAUAGUUCAGUAAGAUUUUCAACUAUUACGACUGAAAUGAAGUCAUUCUUAGCACUGUGCAUCUUUGACUGAAGUCAUGAUUGAAGUUUGUGAAGUAGCUGGUUAAUUUUCCCACUUGAUUUUUUUUUUUUUUUGUGUGUGUGUGCAUUAAAGUCACUGUCAUCUACAUGGCAGUGUAACAUUCAUCCUGCUCCUGCUGGAGUUUUGAGUUAAACUUUACACAAAAACAUGUGAUUUACAUGAAUGUAGAGAUGUGUAAUCUCUUACGUGCAACUUUUUUGUUUCAAAAAGGAUGUUUGCUCUGUUUUUUCUUGCCAACUGUUUUUCCUCAUAGGGGAAAGAGGCGUUAUCAUGAAUUUGUGUGGAAAUUCUUCAAGUGGGGUUAAAAGAAUUUAUGAUUUUUAACAACAAAUCUUUUAUGAAAUGAUCAUGUGAGGAAGUUUUAUAAUGGAUCUUUUCCUAUGCUGUGUUGAUUUGCAUUUCAACAUUAAAAAG